GGCAGGCCCAAUGCAUCCUCAACAUCAUCAACAUCACCAUCAUCAUCCUCAUCAUCCUCAUCCUCAUCGUCAUGAUGAUCUCGUACUGUGCACUUACAACCACUUCCUCGCAUAUGAAUGCCACUUGCAAUGACUCAAGCGACUGACUCUGAGACCACAGUCCGCAGCCUCGUCGAGAGAACACCCGACUCAUUGUUGCCUACAGAAUCGGCAGAAUCAGCACCUCUAAAGUGUUCAAGCAGACCACAGCCCGACGAGAACCUCGCUGCCAUGGCAAUUGCCACCUCACCUGGGACGUUGCAAAGAAACCAGGGAGAGAGUAGUGCGUCGGACGAAGCAGAGAGGCCUCAGCUUCGCUCUUGCUACGAUGUGAUGAUGUUUGAAGCAUUCGACAUCGAAACCGGCGCAUUCACUCGAUGCUUCUGGACCCACUUUGAUACCGAACAGCGUGCUUGGAUGGGCCAAACCACCCAGAUGAGAAAGUAUGAUCUCUCAUUGGAAGACAUCGUCCUCAAUCUUCGAAGAAUCCCCGACGAAAAAGCGUUCCCUACAUCUCCUCAACAGCUCACCUUAGCGCCGCCCGUCUUCGAGCCAGUCAAACAUUACCUCAAACGUCCUCAAAUCGACUGGUUGUCUGGAGAUGAGGAAUCUACAUUGGUCCCGCAGAUGCAUAUCGAAGAAAUGCAAACUCUGGAAUAUCUGCGGCGGCAUCCGCAUCCGAAUAUUGUCACCUAUCACGGCUGUGUGGUUGCGCGAGGACGGAUUGUGGGGAUUGUGCUUGAGCGGGUGUGGAAGACUUUGUAUGAAUAUUUUCUUGAUCUCGACUAUUUCCCCGAUAAUGAUGAUGAUGAUGAUGAUGAUAAUGACGACGACGACGACCAUGACGACGAUGACGACGAUGCUGCUGCUGCUGAUGCGCCUCUCAACUCCACAUCAAACUCCAACAACAAUAACAACCCUCAACCUCCCCUCAACAUACCCCUCCUCGAAGAACAACUCAAAUCCGCAAUCGCACACAUCCAUUCCCUCGGUCUAGCGCAUAAUGAUUUAAAACCUUCAAAUCUAGGUCUAUUUCUAGAUGAAGAUGAAAAAAAACCAUCAUCCUCAGCUAGUAGUGAUUGAUUGGGGCUCGUGUAAGAAAUUUGGCGAGGAGUUGAUUUCGGCGGGUACUCCCGGGUGGACUCAUGAAGAAGGAGAGGAAGAGGAUGAUGUGAUUCUUUCGAAGCCGGAACAUGAUUUGUUUGCGAUUGGGAAGGUGGGGGAUUGGAUGAGGAUGAAGAUGGAGGGGAAGGGGAAGGGGGUGAGGAAUAUGAUGGGAGAUGAGUAGGUAGGAGACUGGAUGGGGUAACACUGCGCAAGUGGAAGCCGGUGGGUUUGUUUAGCGAGUCGAUGGUGCUUUGGGAAGAGUACCUACAUGGGAAAAAUCUGAGAGCACGGGUGGUCGUUUGUACCUAUCUGCCUCCUUCACUUCCCAAACAGCCUCAUCUCAAC